AAGUCAUUGUAAUAUUCCACAGUUUUCUCUUUCUCUCUCUUAAAAAACUAGAGAAGUUCACAUCAACUCUUUGCUCUCAUGAAGGUGACAUUCUCACAAUAUUAAGCAUACAUUUCCACCUUGCUUUUCUUGGCUUCUGCAUUCAAAGCCAUCGUAAAUCAUAUAAUCCUACAUUGUUUCUGAUAUCAUGAAAACUUUUAAGUUGCUCAAAUGCUGGCCCAAUGCCGACCCCAAUACGUCCACCGUUGAUGAUACUGAUACUGAUGCUGUCCCUUAUUUUGAUUCUGUUAAGAAUCUCAUCUAUGGAAUCGAUUACAUAAAUAACCCUGAUGAAGAUUCGUUCUUCGAUUUGGUGUUCACAGGGCCUGAUGGACGCCCUAGAGUAGUCUGUAACUCCAAAUCCGUGAAGCAGGGGAAGAGCGGUGAAUUUGAUUCUCCAAUUGACUCACACUCCAAGUCUCAUUCUCCGGUCACCGUGUUCGGGUCGGGUAUCAAGUUUCGUGUCUUCUUUUUUGGAUUCAGGAAAUUAAAUCCGGAUAAAGCGGGAAUUAAUGAUCCUUCUACUGUAAAUCCGAAGCAGCGAAACACGACAAGUUUGCCCAGAGGCAACAGUUUAAGAAGCAAACUCGAGAAAGAGAGAGAGGACGAAUUUUCAGUUGACGACUCGUCGUCGUCCAAGCAAUUUGCAAGAGCUGCUGAACUAGCCAAGUUUUUGAAAUUGGUCAAGUGUAGAAACACCACAGACAAAAUUAAACCAUCAGAUCAGGUUUCAACGCCGUUCGUGCAAUCGAUUAGCUCAUCGAGAAAGCAAUUGGAAGAAAAACAGGGGAACCGAGUUGCUGCAUUUAGAGCUGUAUGUAAGAACGUAAUGAAGAGCCGAUCCACGGCUUCAUCCUUCGCCGGAGUUUCAUCGUCGCUGCCGCCGAUGAAUCGCAGAGAUGAUUCAUUACUGGAGCAACAUGACGGAAUCCAAAGUGCUAUUCUUCACUGCAAGAGAUCGUAUAGCACUGCAUCAAAAGACUGUUCGAUGUUAUUACCAAGAGCGUCUUAUUAUGGAGAAGAGAGCAGAUGGAGCAUUUGAAUAAUCAACAGUUAGAGGCUUGUUCUAUUUCCUCUUUGUACACUGUAAACUAAAAUGUGAGGAAUAGUAGUAGUAGGAGUUUUAGCUAGCAGACAAAAUUUAGAACAGAGUUUGUUUGUGUACUGUGACUGUAAAUCUUCAAAUUUGCCUGUUAAUUCUCUCAACAUUCUUUCUUGCCUAGUGCAUGUUUUGAAUUUGGUCA